CAGAGAUUGAUAUGACCAUAAACCACACAAACUGGAUUAAUCCUUCCUGAUCCCUCUUAUUAUUCGCUGCCUUCUGUUUCAUCCUAGUUGCAUACCAUACAUAACUAGUUACUUAACUAUCUAUCUCUUAAUCUUUACCUCCACUGCGCACCGCCACACUCCACCCAUGGCUGACAUCAGUCACCGUCCGAACUGGGAACUGGACAUGAUAAGAAAUACACGCCGUUUCCCCCUCCGUCCGAUUGCGAAAUUCCCCAGAUUGAUGCCAAAGGCCCACGGCAACUGAUUCUAUUAUAUGUUCUUCACCGCCUCUGGUCGAUAUUGCCUGCUGCCGCAGGCUCUUUUCGCCCUUGAACCCUCCAUGAUGCGACUCCCGUCAUGCUGGGAUCGCUCGUAGAUGACCAUCGUCCGGCCAUCAUGCCUAGGCGGCGACGUUUCUCUGUACGCCCGUUCUACCUCACCAUCUGCUUCUUCACGGUGAUCAUUGCGGCGAACUGGCUACUGAAGUCUUCGACUACAUCAUUGACCGCAGGCAUCAGCCAUUAUGGCUCGAAGGGAUGGACUCGAGCGUUCACGGGAACUGAAGCGGAGUUGUUCCGGAGAGGAAAUGAACCAGAGUGUCACCUCGUACGCAAAGCCAGAGACAAAUGUGCCUUCGUGAAGAACAAUUGCCCGGAUUAUGAAGAAGGCCUAUUCUCCUACUUGCAGCUCUACUACUGCAACCUAGCGGACGCGAAACCGGUCGCCUUCACUAUUCUCGUUCUGUGGCUAUCUCUCCUCUUCAGUACCAUUGGAAUUGCAGCCAGUGACUUCCUCUGCAUCAAUCUGAGCACUCUUGCCAGCAUCCUUGGCAUGAGCGAGAGUCUGACCGGAGUGACGUUCCUGGCCUUUGGCAAUGGCAGUCCCGACGUCUUUUCCACUUUCGCAGCCAUGCGGUCCAAUAGUGGCAGCCUGGCGGUGGGAGAACUGGUGGGAGCGGCAGGCUUCAUCACCUCGGUCGUUGCAGGCUCGAUGGCGCUGGUUCGACCCUUCCGCGUUGCCCGCAGAAGCUUCGUCCGUGAUGUGGGAUACUUUGUCAUUGCCAUCGGUUUCACAAUGAUCGUCCUGGCGGAUGGCCGGCUGCACGCGUGGGAAUGCGCCGCAAUGGUGGCACUAUACCUCUUCUACGUCGUAAUGGUUGUAACAUGGCACUGGUAUUUGGGUCGGCAGCGGAAGAAGUACGAACGGGAUUUAGCAGCACGGACACAAUUCCAUAUUCCCGAGAACCAGGAAUUGGAUAUUGAAGAGAGACCAGAAGACGAUGAUCCUCGCGUUGCACAGGAGGACACUAGUCUUCUUCGUGGAUCCAGAGAUGAAUUUGACGCCCUCGAGAGAUCCGCCUCGCCGGCUUGGAAGGACGAUACCGAAGACGACGAAACCCGCGACAGGUAUCUGGCUGAGAUCAGUGAUAACAUGCAUAUCACGCGGCCUGGGGCUUCGAGAAGAAAGAAUACGUUCAAUCCCAUCCGUCCGAGUCUGGUUGGCGCCCUAGAGUUCCAGUCCGUUCUAUCGUCUCUCAGACGAGCGAGGAACAUGCCCAUCAAUCUACGGAGCUACUCUGAUGAUCCGUAUGCCUCGUCUUCCCAACAUCAAGACAACCUCUCAAUCCGAUCUAACCCGCCAACGGAGCCGUCUGACUCUGGCCGUUAUCUAUCCCCCGCACGGCAAUCGCUAUCUCGAGCGCGCGCCGUCUCAGCAGACCACGCUACGGCGUUACGGCUUGAUACAAGCUUCCUAGGCGAGAGAUUCUCACGGCCUCCGAACCAGCUGGUCAGGGGUGCCCCGGAGGAGGCCCUCAGAGUCCCAGAUCACUCUCAACCGGGGCCAUCCGUUCUGGUAGACUCGCGAUCUCCAUCCGGAUAUCCAUUGCGUAACCGAAGCCCAGCGGCAACGGAACGGAUACUGUCUCCUGACCAUCUGGCACCGCCGGUAGACGAUCUCAGGGCUCUCAAUUAUCAGUCGGAUAAAGGGCCACAAUUGUCUUCGCCUGCCGUCUCUCCGCGAGGGACCACGAAUAUCCCUCAGAUAACUCUGAGCCCAGAGAUGAUGCCAAAAAGUCCAUUGAGCCCGUUUCCUGCUUUCUCGGAUGCGGGUUCUACGUCAUCGAGAGCAGCCAGUAUAUUUCUCUCUCCUGCAGCGCUGCCUCCAGAGGCGAGCAUCCCACUUGAGACGCAGCCCGGGGGAUCACGCCUCUUGAGAUGGUGGCCCUCUCAUAUGUUGCCUUUGCCUCAUGUGAUAUUUUCAACCCUGUUUCCAACAAUCUGCGACUGGAAAACCAAGAGCCUUGGCGAGAAGUUCUUGGGCUUGGUCGCAGCUCCGAGCGUGUUUUUGCUAACGGUGACGCUUCCUGUAGCGGAACCACCGCAGUCGGGAUCCUCAUCUAAACCUGAGCCUGUGAUCCAAGACCAAUCGUCGGACGAUAAUAUGCGGCCGCCGCUUAUCCGGCUGCCGGAAGAUAGUCCUGUUCUUACCGCCGAGGGAGGUGAGAGCAGUUUUCACGGAACUACCCUUCGAAACUCGAAGGACCCAUCCGCAACAACAUCAAGACGCCGACUAGAUUCCGAGCUCCCAGCACACCCGGCAGACUUCGAGCGAAGUGACGCUACAUCAAAAGAGUGGCAGCCGUGGCUUAUCUGUAUACAGUUGUUUACGGCACCCUUCUUCAUUGUCCUCAUCUCAUGGACCAAUAUGGAUCCCGAGAUGAAGGCGCGCAAUCUCCUGCUGCCAGCAAUGAUCUCUCUUCUGCUCUCCCUGGUUUGCUUUGUUGGUCUCCUUAUAAUCACGAAACGUGCGAACGUUUCUCAAUUGUCCGCCAGCACUCGUCCGCUUCUGGCCUUGCUGGGCUUCCUCGUUGCCAUUUCAUGGAUCGCUACGAUUGCGACGGAGGUCGUUAGUCUACUUAAAACUUUCGGAGUUAUUCUCGACAUCAGUGAUUCGCUCCUAGGCCUUACAGUGUUUGCAGUUGGAAAUUCGCUAGGCGACCUUGUGGCAGAUGUUACCGUCGCUCGCCUAGGCUACCCCGUCAUGGCUCUCAGCGCCUGUUUCGGAGGCCCCAUGCUCAACAUUUUGCUCGGGAUUGGGCUGGGUGGACUGUACAUGACGUUGAACUCGAAGUCUGGUAUGUCCACGACGACCAGCGAAUACAACGUGAAUAUAUCCAAAACGCUUGUCAUCAGUGGCAGCACAUUGCUUGUCACUUUAGUCGGGCUAUUGGUCAUCGUUCCACUGAACAGAUGGAAGAUGGAUCGGAAGAUCGGCUGGGGUCUGGUUGCUCUUUGGUGCGUCAGCACUGUAGGGAAUGUCAUUGCUGAGAUUUUUACAUGAAGGGGUCCGCUAAUUGGUCGAUUAUUUGAUGAUUGGAUACGCGUUAAUGAACCGCUUUCUUGAUAUCCCGUGCAUAAGUGUGUUGUAUGAAGCUUUCGCAUUUUCCGGAUGACUUGAGUUUUCUCAAUUCGAUUUCUACCACUCACAUAUCCAUUGCGUCUUGGUUACUGAAUUUAAUGGUCCUGUACAUGUACAAUUCAAUAAUAACUAUCAAGUAUUAUCCGUUGUAUUUCCUAGUGC